AUGGGUUUCCGCGACCUCUAUGCCUACAACCUGGCUCUCCUUGCAAAGCAAGGUUGGAGAUUUAUCCACAAUUCUGAUUCUUUGGCUGGGAUGCUCUUCAAGGCUAAAUUCUUCCCUACUACCUCGUUAUGGGAUGCAGUGGCUGGUCUUGGUGCCUCCCAAUGUUGGCGUAGCAUCAUUAAUGCACGGUCUAUGCUUGUUGGUGGUUCCAAAUGGCUGGGGGGCAAUGGUGGCUCCAUCAGUGUCUGGAGGGAUCGAUGGCUCCCCAGACCUAACACUUUUAAGGACUUGAUCGAUGUUGUCAAUAGGCUAUGGAAAUCCGAUAGUUUAGCCUUGUUAUUCUCUCAUGAGGACCAACUUGUUAUCAAGUCUAUCUCGUUGAGUCUCAGAUUUCCUACUAACCGUCUUAUCUGGCAUUAUAAUGCUAAAGGGUCUUUUACUAUCAAGAGUGCUUACCAUGUGGCUUACUCUUCCCUCCAGGAUCACUGUUUGACUGCUUUAACUUAUGUUGGUGGUUCCAACGGCUACAGUAACCUUUGGUCUACCUUGUGGAGGGAAAAUGUUCCAAACAAAGUUAAAAUUUGCGUGUGGCGUGCUACCUCAAAUAUUUUGGCCGCCUGCUCUAACCUUGUUCGGCGGGGUGUUCAGAUUGAUCAGUCAUGUUUUCUUUGUAAUACUCCUGCAGAAACUACUCUUUAUACACUGCGGGACUGCCCUUUUUUUGAACACGGUGUGGUUUGCUUCUAG